CUCCUUACUUUAAAUAACAAUGAUUUACUGUGAAUCUAAUGAUUUUCAUCAUAUUGAUUUUGUUUAAUUUGCUAAGCCCUAGCACUCAGAAUCACUCUCUGAAACUAUCAUAUGGGAAAAUGGUCAACAUGGUGCUUAUCCGAAUCCGGAUCGCAUCGAUGGUCCCAUAGGCGGCAAUCUUAUCUCUGCCCCUAUCAGAUAAUAGGCGAAACUAAUUCGCCUAAUGAAAUUAUGCAAAUGGCGAUAGCAGUCAGUUCGAUUUGGGUCCGACAGGUGCGAGGACUCCACACAUCUGGUAACAUACUUGCACAGUAUGUUCAAGUCCAAGUCCUUUGAUUUGGUCAACGAGGAAAGGACGAAGAAACCGGAACGGCUGUACCAGCCUCGCCGGAUGCGAUGGCUCAAGUAUAUCAUCCUGCCAGCCGUGUUCUCCUUUGCGCUUCUUCUGAUCCUGGCCAACGUGGACUUCUCCGACAACAGUGAGGAAGUAACCUCCGAUUUGGGCAGUGAACUUGAGUCACUUUCAAUGAACAACAAGUACCUCGACGUACGUGACAAAUCCCUCCUUAUAUCCAGUCACGGAUUUCACAACAACACUCUGCAAAGGAGCUUUUUUUCCAGCAGCUGGGAAUUUCAAAACCUUACAAUAGUAAAUUGCACGAUAGUUCAUAUCAGUAAUGGAACUUUUGAUCAAAACAGCACCCGUUACCUCAUGAGCCUGCAACUCAUUAAUUUGCAACUGGAAAACCUAACAGAAUCAGCCCUACAAGGUCUUCAAAGGCUCCAGAACUUCACCCUUAUCAAUGGGAAUAACAGUUUUAAGCCUUUUGGAUUCCUUUCAUCUGUGGCUGAGACGGUAAUCAAUGCUAGAAUACACCAGGCAUUCUACACGAAAACAAGAUAUGCCCCCGGUGAUUUCUUGGGAUACAGCAUUUUCACCCACUUGAAAUGUUUAGAUAUGAGCGGAACGAAUCUUGGAGAGAGUAUUAGAGCCGAUUUCCUUGAGAAUCUCCCUGCUUUGCAACACCUGAUUUUGAAAGACUGCGGUUUAAGCCAAAUCGAGUGGGACUUUUUACCGCCAAGACUUAAAUUAGUGCAACCAUUGGACCUGAGUGAGAGUCAGAGAGAAAGUGCCUAUACUUAUGAGUUGGAAAUAUUUGAGACUACCCCCGACACAACUAUUGACGGCGAGGAGAGUUACCCUGUCCAGUCAGAAAGGGCCGUGGGUCCACCCUUUGCGCCAGCAACAACAAACUCAACACCAGCGCCAACCACAGUGGAGUCAACUGUAGCAAUAGUUCCAUCCACACAACAAUCAAUAAUAACAACAUCACCCACACAAGAUAUUCCGACUGAUCCAUCAACGUUAUCUCCCAUGACGACAUCAUGGUCGAAUUGCGAGGAGGCACUGUGCCAGGAACUCGUGUGCUCUCGUAUCUUGGCGGACUCAACGGCUGGAUUUGUAGAUCUGGAAAGUGCGGCUGGUUGUAAGAAUGGCAUACUGGUGGAGGUCUGCGAAUCGGACUGCACAGCCCCCACCUACUUCUGUGGACUGUUGGGCGACAACUUUACCUCCCCAUCUAACUGCUGUUCGCACAAUUCCAUGAGAUGUGUGGUUUCCGCAAAGGCGUCCUGGUUCGAUGACCACAGCGGCCUGGUCAUUGGAUUGGGUAUAGGACUCCUUUUGUUGGGCAGCCUUCUCGGGAUGCUCAUUGCUUACGGAGCGAUACGAAUGAACCCGGCCUUGUUCAGGAAGAGUAAGCGGCGGGAAUCAAACACGAUGGGGCUAAUUCCCCGGAGAUUCGAAAAGGACCUGAAUGACUAUGCGGGGGGUCCAAUUUCGACUCUCGACGACAGCGAAUAUGUCAUCGCCUAUCACCGAUACUUGGAACAAGCGAAUCACCGUCUCACGGAGACCAGCAAAUACAUACAUCCACCCAGGGAUAGGGCGCCCUCGGUUCCACCCUCCUGCGAUUACCCCUUACCGCUCCCGGCAAGAAAUAACUACAUAUACGAGAGCUGUGAGCUGUACGAGGAACUCCCAUAGACUAUAAUUUAUAAUAUAUGAAUAUCUGUGCAUUACAUUCGCCCUUCUCGGUGUGUAAGCGAAUGACAAAUUUAAAUGUGUCGUUUUCGUAAUGGCAAGCCAAUUUCAUAAAAAUAAAUACACAAUACAAACAGGCUAACACCC